UAUUUUUUUUGGCUUUGUUGCAAAAAGAGAAAGAAAAAAGAAAGAGAUAGAUGAUGAAGAUGAUAAUGAGUGAGCAGAUUGUCAGAAUCUUUUUGCUGCCCUGAAGGCAAAAUCUUAAUCAAAUAGUGAGUCGGUGAGUGAAUCUCUUGUUACUUAAAACCACGUUUUCUUUUUUUCCUCAUCUUCGCCUCAUUUUCAGUAGCCCUUUUUUUUUACUAUUCAUUUGUGAAUCUCUAUUGAAUUUUCAUCAGCAUCCUCAUCAUCAGCUGCUGCUUAUACUUCAUCAUCAUCAUCACCACAACAACAGCAACAUCAUCAUCUUCAUCAUCAUUAACACUUACAACUAAAAUAGUAAUUACAAUUCAUUCAAUUUCAUCGGUUCAUCUUAUAAAUACAUUUAAUCUGUUCCUGUGUUAAUUUUUCUUGCUACUGACCCUCAAUUAUUAAUUAGUGGUUAAUUUAUUUCUCUGUGAUCUGUAUAAUUAACUAUUGGAACCGUUAAUCAAUUGGGGAAAAUUUUUUUGUUGAUUGAUUAACUUGAUUAGUUUAUCAAUUACAAUUUAUUUUUCAUGUGUAAAGUGUAAUUUCAUCAAAUUGAACAACCUAAUUGGUGAAUCAAUCAAUUGAAUAUUAUUAAUUUUGUGUAUCAUUUUCAACCAAUUAAAUAAUCUAAUGUUUAAGACCAAUGAGAAAUUUAAUUGUUCCAAUCAAUUUAAUGGACAAUUUAAUGUAUUAUGAUUAUGGGACACAUUUCGGAUGCUUUAUUGGUUAAUCAAUUGGUCUCUAUGACUGCCAAUGGUGGAGUAAUUUUAUCUAAUCAAAUUGAUCCAUUUAAUUAUAAAUCAUUUUAUCCAAAUCUUAAUCCAAAUUCAUUAUCAACAUUGGAAACAACAAAGAAUAGACCUUUCAUUUUAUCAGGAUCAUCUACAUCUCGUUCAUCCUCAUCAUCUUCAUCAUCCUCAUCUUCAUCUUCAUCAUCUUGUUCAAUUUUAUCUCCAAUUCCUAAAAGUGUAUUAAAUUCAUCAUCAUCAUCAAGUGUUAUUUCAUCUUCUUCUAAGGAUAUUUCCUCCUCUUCCACCCCAAUGUAUCCCUCUUUCACCCCGGAACAAGUUGCCUGUGUCUGUGAGGUACUCCAACAAUCCGGAAAUAUCGAGCGAUUAGCCCGUUUCCUCUGGUCACUUCCUCCAUGUGAACCCUUACAAAAAAAUGAAUCCGUUCUUAAGUCCAAAGCAAUCGUUGCUUUCCAUAGAGAAAAUUUCAAAGAGUUAUAUCGAAUUUUGGAAAGUCACCAUUUUAGUCCAUCUUCUCAUCCAAAGUUACAGAAUCUUUGGUUAAAGGCUCAUUAUAAGGAAGCGGAAAGAGUUCGAGAUAAACCUUUAGGUGCUGUUGGUAAAUAUCGUAUUCGCAGGAAAUAUCCGCUACCUCGAACCAUUUGGGAUGGAGAGGAGACAUCUUAUUGUUUCAAAGAGAAAUCGAGAAAUAUUUUAAGAGAAUCGUAUAAUAUUAAUCCUUAUCCCUCGCCAAGGGAUAAGAAGGAGCUUUCAGAAGCGACCGGAUUAACGACAACUCAAGUUAGCAAUUGGUUUAAGAAUAGGAGGCAAAGAGAUCGAGCUGCAGGAUCAAAGGAUGGAAAUGAUAAAUCGGGUGGUUCUGGUUCCAAGUCUGGAUUGAAAAAUUUGAACGACUCAUCGCAAUCUGGUCAUUCGAGCGACGAUGAAUCUCUUGGUGAUAGUCCGCCGAUGAUUAAAAGUGAAACCCGAACUUCAUCCGUAUCAUUAACUUCAGGUCAUAACAACAAUAACCUCGGCGGUGGUAAUACUUCCCUCCUUUUAGGUGAAACUCGAACCUCUAAUGGAUCAUCAAUAUCCAGUUUAACGCCAAGUGAUAUGGUUGAAGCUGCAGCUGCAGCGGCGAGUUAUCAUCAAUCAGUAUCUUCAAUGUCAUCUGGAUCAGCUGCAGCGGUUGCAGCCGCAGCAGCAGCAGCAGCGGCCGCUGCUUCAUUAGCAGCAAAUCAAUAUCAUAAUUUACACCAUCAUCAUCAUCACCAUCCAGGUUUUAAGUUCACAAAUCAAACAUCCCACCUUGGAAGUGGCGGCGGAAGCAGCAGUAGUGUUGGAAGUAGCAUUGGUAGUGGCGGUGAAAACGGUGGUGGCGGUGGACUAUCGGGUCUUGAAAGCUCACUGAAUCCAAGUGUCUCAACAGCGGGAGCAAAUUCUGUUCAUGCCUCAUCAGUAAGUCAUCCUCAUCAUCUUCACCUGCAAUCUCAUCAUCAUCAUCACCAUCAUCCUCAUCAUCCUCAUGCUCAUCAUCCAAGUUUACUUUCAACCGAUUCACUCGCCAUGGCUUAUAAUCCAAAUGAAAUGACAAUUGUGAGGCGAUUCAAUUUCAAUGAGCCGAUGUGUUGAUCCAAUCGCCACCACCACCACCACUAUCAUCAUCAUCAUCGCCGCCAUUGAAAUCCCACUUUGAUACAAUUAUCAAACUUUUCUCUCUCUCUCUCUUUUGCUACUUACAUGAAAAUUACACCGCCACCACCAAGAAAAACCCACCAGGAAACAAGAAUCAGCCAUCUUCUUCCUCUUUAUCAUCAUCAUCAUAAUUUAUUCAUCAUCAAAGUUCAUUAGUUACAUGAUAUAUAUUUCAUCAGAAUUGAGGAUAAGAACAGCGAAGGAAAAAAGUUCAUGAUAUCGUGUGAAUAGCUCAACAAUUUCUGGUCUCAUUUGCAAAUAAUUCAAGCAAGAUAAUUGUUGAUUAACUUAAUCAUCAUCAACUUAAUUCAUCGGAUGAUUUUUUAGUUUUCACCAAAUUGUAUUAUAUUAAUUGUGAGCUAAAUUGUGAUUCUAAUUAGAUAGAUAAUCAUUUUGAUUAAAGCAAAAAAAAAGUUGGUGUUACAAUUUGAUUAACAACAAGGUAAAGAGAGAUGGGAAAUUAAUCAUCUUGAUUGUUGCUGGUUGGCAAUUAACAGAUAACCAGCAAUUAAUUAAUUAAUUUAUUGUAACCAUCAUAAUAUCACAAUUGAAUAUUGAUAUAAUUUGAAUUAGUUAAUGAAACAAUUUAAACUAAUACAACAACAAUCAUACAACAAAAAAUAAAUUGCAAUACAAUGAUGAUUAAUAAUGAUGGUGAUGGUUAACUAUUCACAAUUAACUUUUGAUGAUUUACUAAUUGUAGUAUAUCAAGAAUGAGAAAAUCUCUAACUAAUUAAAAUUAUCAUUCCUUUAAUUGUCGCUUUUACCUGGAUUUAAUCAAUCAGAAUCUGAUUCUAUUAAAUAAAUGAUGAUAACAAACAAUUAAAUCAACAACAAAUUUGGAUAAAUGCAACAACAACAACAACUAAAUUAAUUAACUAAUUAUAAUUUAAAUAAAAACAAAUUGUAAUAUAUUAUUGAUAUAAUUUCAUUUUCACCGAAAACACAAAAAAAAACAAAUCAUCAACUCAUUUGAUUGUCAACAAUUAACAACAUCAUCAAGAAAAAAAAGUCAUCAAUAUGAUCAGUUGAUUAACAGUAAAUAUAUAUAAAGAAAGAAACAAUUAAUUAAUCAACAAUUAAAUCAAAUCAUUCCUAUUAAAUAUAUAAAAUGAAUUACAUUUGAAACCUUUUGAUUGUGUUUCAUUUGACAAAAAUUAAUCCCUUAAUCCUAAUCCCUCUUAUAAUCCCGUUCGUCUUAAUAAACAAACAAACAAACUUAUAUUUAAAUUGUCAAUUGAAUUAAA